GGGGCUGUGGGUUGCAUAAAAGCUCGAAGGAACUCUGUCCGGAACAUUCGUGUUUGCCACCUUCCUCCUUAUUUUCACCAGGACCCCGUGCUCCCGGCUGGCAUGAUGCUUGGGAAGAGCUUGGUACUCACAGCUUGGUUCACCCUUGCUGUGGCUUACCCCGUCAUACGCCAGGAAUUCAUUGGUGACCUAAACUGGAUCACUAACCUUGAGUUGAUUAAUGAAUUUGAUUUGACCACUGAACUAGAGUUGGCCAUCGCAGAAUCCAUUGCCUUCCUGGAAUCCCUCACUGGCCUGGAGUCCACCACAACCCCUGAAUCUCCCAGUGACCUGGAGUCUACUGACACCCUGGAGUCCAUCACUGACCUGGAGCCCACCAUGACCUCAAAGUGCCCCACUGAUCUGGAGUUCACUGCCACCCCCGAGUACCCUACUGACUUGGACUCUACCGUGACCCUGGAGUCCACUGCCACCACAGAGUCCCCCAUUGACCUGGAGUCCACCAUGACCCCAAAGUGCCCCACUGACCUGGAAUCCACCGCGACCCCGGAAUCCCCUGCUGAUCUGGAUUCUACUGAGACCCCAGAGUCCCCUGCUGAUCUGGAAUCCACCUUGACCCCAGAGUCCACCACUGACCUGGAGUCCCCCACUGACCUGGACUCCACUGCGACCCUGGAGUCCCCCACUGACCUGGAGUCUCCUACUGACCUUGCCUCCAUUAGUGAUGUGGAAUCGACCAUGGGUGUGCAUUUUGAGGACACACAGGCUUUCGAAGAUGUCACUGAGGCUGAUUCAGAAGAGCCCAUGACUGGAAGACCAGAUGAGCUGAGCACCUCUGUGUGAAGCAAUGAGUCCAUCUCAGUACUUUUUUGAAAUGAAGCUGAUUUUCCAUUAGUUGAGAACAUCACUCUUCUAACCACAAGUUUUUUUAAGAAGAUCCUGAGCUACUGAACAAGGCUUCCAUUCCAUUAUAGGACACUGAUCAACUGUAAAGGACUAGUAAGACAUAAGAUGUACCAGCUGAGGAUAAACUGAGUGGCGGGACUUAUACCCACACAGAGGAGGGCUAUCUCUUAACCAUGUCCCAUCUCCUAGGGGCUCAA